CGCGUCCGUGUACGUACUUCCUGGGCGGGAACACCAAAAUGGCGCCAGAGCCAGUGGCGGGUUGAGCCUAGGGGCCGUAUCCGGAGCCAGUGUACGGUCCCGGGCCUCUAGUCCCUUUCUGGACAUGGAGGAUGUGGACGUGCGCUUCGCUCACCUCUUGCAGCCCAUCCGGGAUCUCACUAAGAACUGGGAGGUGGACGUAGCGGCACAGCUGGGCGAGUAUCUGGAGGAGCUGGACCAGAUCUGCAUUUCUUUUGAUGAAGGCAAAACCACUAUGAACUUCAUUGAGGCAGCACUGUUGAUCCAGGGCUCAGCUUGUGUCUACAGUAAAAAGGUGGAGUACCUCUACUCGCUGGUCUACCAGGCUCUUGAUUUUAUUUCUGGCAAGAGGCGAGCCAAGCAGCUCUCUUUAGAACAGGAAGAUGGGAACAACAGAGCCGUCAACUCAGGAGCUCCCUACGAAACAGAGGAUGAGCUCCUGUCCCUGGAUGACUUCCCUGACUCCCGGGCCAACGUGGAUCUGAAAAAUGACCAGGCACCCAGUGAGCUGCUCAUCAUACCCCUUUUGCCCAUGGCCCUGGUGGCUCCUGAUGAAGUGGAAAAGAACAACAGCCCCUUGUAUAGCUGUCAGGGUGAGGUCUUGGCCAGUCGGAAGGAUUUUAGGAUGAACACAUGUACCCCCGGCCCCAGAGGUUCCUUUAUGUUGGAUCCAGUGGGAAUGUGUCCUAUGGAGCCUCCAGAUGUGUACCCCAUGCCAAGGAGCCUGAAAGGUGCUGAGGAUGUUGAGGAGCAGCCAAUGGAAGUCUCUAGGAAUGGGAUUCCUGUUCCAGUACUCAGCGUCUCCCAAGAGCCAGAUGGCCCUAUGCUCAGUGGUGGAGAUGAGGAUGCAGAGGAUGUAGAGGAUGUAGCAGAACUCCCAGAGGUUGCUCCAGAGCCUGCAGAUCCCAGGACCUCACAGAGUGCCACCUUGUCGAAGAGAUACAUGCUGCGGGAACCACGAGGGCCCCAGGAGCCUGCCUCCCGGCUACAGGAGACCCCAGACCCCUGGCAGAGCCUGGACCCUUUUGAUUCCUUGGACUCUAAGCUCUUCCAGAAAGGUAAGCCCUAUUCUGUGCCCCCCUGUGUGGAAGAAGUCCCAGGACAGAAGCGCAAGAGGAAGUGUGCUACCAAGCUGCAGGACUUCCACCAGUGGUACCUGGCUGCCUAUGCUGACCAUGCUGAGAGCAGCAGGCCUCAGCGAAAGGGCCCAACCUUUGCAGACAUGGAAGUGCUGUACUGGAAACAUGUAAAAGAACAGCUCAAGACCCUUCAGAAGCUGCAGAGACAUAAGGUGACUGAGAGAUGGCUGCCCAGUGCCAAGGAGGAUCUGUGGCCUGUAGAGGAGGAACGCUUGGAAGAUUCCCUAGAAGACCUCGGGGUAGCAGUCUCAGCAGACAACUUCCUAGAACCUGAAGAGUAUGCAGAGCCUGAGGGGGUGAUGCCUGGGGAAGCUGCUGACCUAGAUGCAGAGGCUAUGCCAGAGUCCCUGAGAUAUGAGGAGCUGGUCCGAAGAAAUGUGGAACUCUUCAUUGCCACCUCCCAGAAGUUUGUCCAGGAGACAGAGCUGAGCCAGCGCAUCAGGGACUGGGAAGAUAAUAUCCAGCCCCUGCUCCAGGAGCAGGAGCAGCAUGUGCCCUUUGACAUCCACACCUACGGGGACCAGUUGGUCUCACGGUUUCCCCAGCUCAAUGAGUGGUGUCCCUUUGCAGAGCUUGUAGCCGGGGAGCCUGCUUUUGAGGUGUGCCGCUCCAUGCUGGCCUCCUUGCAACUGGCUAAUGACUAUACGGUGGAGAUCACCCAGCAGCCAGGACUGGAGGCAGCUGUGGACACCAUGUCCCUGAGACUGCUCACACACCAACGAGCCCAUACCCGCUUCCAGACCUAUGCUGCCCCUUCCAUGGCCCAGCCCUGAGUGGAGAGCACUGAUGCAGGGGUGGAAGGGCCUAGGUAGCAAUGUUCAGGGCAGGAUGCUACGGAAGGCAGCUAUGUGCCGACGUACACUCUCUACAAUCUGCUCUGCUGACCUGCUCCGACCAUAGUAGUCUGUGAAGAGACCGUCUGGGUUGAGCAAGUAAAUGGCGAUGGAGUGGUCCACAAUAUAGUCCUGGUCCUCAUCCUUGGGACCAGCGCUGUAGUAUACACGGUAGUUGCGACUAGCCUGGGCCACUUGUUCUUUAGAGCCAGUCAGACCCAGCAGUCUCGGGUGGAAGUCCUGCACGUACCGGGCCAUGGCUGCUAUGUCAUCCCGCUCUGGGUCCACGGAGAUGAAGACAGGCUGUACCAGAGGCAGGUCAGGCUCUGUCUCCAGCUUCUGUACCACCUUAACCAGCUUUUCCAGCUCCUCGGGGCAGAUGUCAGGGCAGUGAGUGAAGCCAAAGUACAUCAGCACCCACUGGCCUCGGAAGUCAGCUUUGCAUCGGGGCUGGCCUUUGUGGUCCAGUAGGCUGAAGUCGCCCUGACCCACAGCAGCCUGGCGCAGGGCCUCUGUCCGCUGCUGCUGGCGCCACUGCUCCUUCUCAGCUCUUGCUGCCAGCCAGGCCCAGCCCAGCCCAGCCCCAAACAGGGCAGUGAUCAGCAGCCUCGUUCUUAGCCCAGGGCCUUGGGGCUGGCCCUGCCCUGACAAGUGUCGGGACUUUACAUACAGAGUUCCACUUCCUGGGAUCCCGAGAAGGACUCGAGGUUUGAACUGAGAGAGCCUGGGCCAAGCUUUGGGCCCUAGAGCCAGUAGCACCAUGGACCUGAAGCCUCUGGAAAAGAAGAACAGACAAGGAAGGUGCCUGGGCCUCCACUGCUGGAGAAAUUUAUCACCCCACAUCCAAGCAGGUUAGCCAGCUCUCUGCAUGGGCUCAUCUGAACUCAGAACUGUUCCACCUCAAGCCUUAAGCUUCAGCUUAGGCAACACCAAAUGUCCAUAGAUGGUUGGCUCCACACCUGUCACUCCCAGUUCUUUAACUAGGGAGCCUCAGCCUCAUUACCGCAAUCUAUGGAUAGUCUGCACUGCAACUGCCAGGCUUCCCUCUGGAUGCUGGAAGCAUUCAGAAUAUGCUUUGCCUGGGCACCAGAGCACAUGUGCCUGUUUACAAUAAAUCUUUGAAAGGAAG